AGGGAUUUAGGGUUCUCUUCUUCCCCUUAUAUACAUUUCACACCUCAUUCACCAGAAAGCCAUAUUACUAUUCUCUGCUCUUUCGUCUUAUUUAUCAACUUCUUCGAUUUUUCCAGAAACAAUCAUGGCUAAAGGUCCAGGUCUCUACACCGAAAUCGGCAAAAAAGCCAGAGACCUUCUCUACAAGGACUACCAAGGAGACCAGAAACUCAGUAUCACCACAUACUCUGCAUCUGGUGUUGCGAUCACCACCAGUGGAACAAACAAGGGAGACUUGUUUUUGGCUGAUGUAGCUACUCAAGUGAAGAACAAGAAAUUCACUGCUGACAUCAAAGUUGCUACUGAUUCUUCUCUUCUCACGACUUUUACCUAUGAUGAGGCUACCCCUGGAUUGAAGGCAAUCCUUAGCGCCAAGUUGCCUGAUCAGAAAUCUGGCAAGGUUGAGCUGCAGUACUUGCACGACUACGCCGGUAUCUCCACCAGCGUUGGAUUGACAGCAAACCCGAUUGUCAAUUUCUCCGGUGUGGUUGGAACCAAUGUCUUGGCUCUUGGUGCCGAUGUGUCAUUCAACACCGAGUCUGGCAAUUUCAAACAUUUCAAUGCUGGUUUCAGCUUCACUAAAGACGAUUUGAUUGCUUCUCUUACUCUGAACGACAAGGGCGAGAAACUGAAUGCGUCCUACUACCACAUUGUGAACCCGUUGAGCAACACAGUGGUUGGAGCUGAGGUUAGCCACAACUUCACGACCAAAGAGAACGCCAUAACCGUCGGGACACAGCACGCUCUUGACCCCUUGACCACAGUGAAGGCACGCGUGAACCAUGCUGGUGUAGCCAACGCACUGAUCCAACACGAGUGGCGUCCAAAGUCUUUCGUCACCAUUUCUGGAGAGGUUGAUUCUAAGUCGAUCGAGAAGAAUCCCAAGUUUGGGUUUGCUCUCGCUCUCAAGCCUUGAAGAGAAUCCAAAUGGGGCCCCCUUGGAAGGGUAGCAUAGUUAUUUCAUCUUCUUCGUCUUCUAAUCUUUGGACUAAUUUCUGUCUGGUUUGCUUUACAAAUCUUUCAUUUGUUCCUUUUUUAAAAAUCGGUGUUGGGAUUUGUAGAAAUAAGAAGAAAAAAAAAUACUAUUAAAAGGAUCGUCUUGAAGAUGAACCAUUAAGAUCCUUUUCCAGUUUUCCUUAUUAUCUGUCGCUCUUAAUUUUCUGCUCUGCUAAAAAACUCUGUUCCACUCGAUUUGAUUUUCGAGUUCUUUAGUGGAUUUUCUGAGAGAUU